AUGAAAGAACAAAAAUUGUUAUCUGAUCAAAAAUUGUGUGCAGGUCCUAUCGAAUUUGAUAUUAACACCUACACUGGGGGCUUACCAAGAUUGAUAAACUACACAUAUGCAUGGACAAAGACAGCGAGCAUCAUAUUUCUAGAUGCACCUGUUGGCACUGGUUUCUCCUAUUCUACAACUCAAGAAGGCUGGCCUAGCUCAGAUUCUAAAUCAGCAGAGCAAUCUUAUCAAUUCCUAAGGAAGUGGUUGGAUGAACACCCACAGUAUCUCCCAGUUCAACUAUUUAUUGGUGGUGAUUCUUAUUCAGGCAUGACUGUUCCACUAGUUACUAAAAAAGUCAUAGAUGGUGUUGCUGCUAAAGUAAAGCCACGAAUGAAUCUCAAAGGGUAUCUAAUUGGGAGCCCAAGAACAGAUUCUAUUAUUGAUGAAAAUUCCAAAAUAGUAUUUGCUCACCGCAUGGCACUCAUAUCAGAUGAACUUUAUGAGCAACUCAAAACAAGUUGUAAUGAGAGUUAUGUGAACGUAGAUCCAUCCAAUACAGCAUGUGUCAUGGCUCUUGCAUAUUACGAAAAGUGCAUCGAAGAUCUUUUUACUAAUGAUAUUUUGGAACCAACGUGCGCUUUUGCAUCCCCGAAACUAAAUACAGAAAUGGGUACUCGAAGAUCUCUACAACAACAAAAUCCAACAGAUUUCAUACUUUCACCUCCCAGAAUUCCUGAAGAAUGGUGUCGGAAUUUUAACUAUGCAUUAGCGUAUAUGUGGUCAAAUGACGAAAGGGUUCAAGAAGCUCUACACGUUCGGCCGGGUUUUGUGUUGGAUUGGAAGAGGUGCAACAAGAGCUUAUCAUACACAAAAGAUAUCCCAAGUGUGGUUGAAGUUCAUCGAUAUCUUAGUCAAUUUGGCUUACAAGUCCUUGUAGAAAGUGGUGAUCGCGAUAUGGUUGUUCCUUUUGUGGGCACGGUGAAGUGGAUAAAGUCUCUAAAUUUGACGGUUGCCAACGAUUGGCGACCUUGGUUUGUUGAUGGCCAAAUUGCAGGGUACACAAGAAAGUAUUCAGAAAACGGAUUUCGUUUAACAUAUGCGACUGUAAAGGGUGCUGGUCACACAGCUCCGGAGUACUACCGUAGAGAAUGUUACCACAUGUUUAAAAGGUGGGUUCAUUAUUACCCAUUGUAAUUAAUUAAGGGUUGGAGCUAGCUUCAAUGAACAUCCGGCAUUUGCUCCAUGUGUAUCGAUCGAGCUAGCUUCUCUUAUUUUAUAAUCUUUUGGUGCUUCGUUUAUGUAAUUCAUGUACUAAUUAAGAACAUUUUAUAAGUCUAAGAAGUAAGAAGUGCAAGCAGAAGUUUAUGA